AUGUCAAGCAGAGAGAACCCUAGCGGAAUCUGCAAAGACAUUCCGAAUCUCAUAUCUUCCUUCGUCGACACCUUCGUUGACUACUCCUUCUGCGGCAUCUUCUUGCCAAAAGAUCAUAGCCCAGAGAAUGAGAUUCCGCAAACGAGGCUGGAGAAGCCGGAGCGUCUGGUUGCAAUCGGCGAUCUCCAUGGGGAUCUGGAGAAGUCGAGGGAAGCAUUCAUGAUCGCCGGAUUGAUUGAUUCGUCGGAUAAGUGGACGGGUGGAUCCACGGUGGUUGUUCAGGUCGGAGACGUGUUGGAUCGAGGCGGAGAGGAGCUAAAGAUUCUAUAUUUCCUGGAGAAGCUGAAGCGAGAGGCGGAGAGAUCAGGAGGUAAGGUAGUGACUAUGAACGGGAACCAUGAGAUCAUGAACGUGGAAGGUGACUUUAGGUAUGUGACCAAGAAAGGUUUAGAGGAAUUCAAGGCUUGGUUAGAUUGGUAUUGCUUAGGGAACAAGAUGAAGAGCUUGUGCAGAGGUCUUGAGAAACCCGAUGAUCCAUACCAAGGGAUUCCGAUGAGCUUCCCUCGAGCUAGAGCAGACUGCUUUGAAGGACUCAGGGCUAGGAUCGCUGCACUGAGACCUCAAGGUCCGAUCGCAAAGAGGUUCCUGUCUAGGAACCAGACUGUUGCUGUUGUUGGUGAUUCGGUGUUUGUUCACGGAGGUCUUUUGGCCGAGCACAUAGAGUAUGGACUGGAGAAGAUCAACGAGGAGGUUACGGGUUGGAUCAACGGGUCGAGAGGAGGAGCAAAGUAUGCGCCUGGGUACUGUAGAGGAGGCAACUCUGUGGUUUGGUUGAGGAAAUUCUCAGAUGAGAUGGCUCACAGAUGUGAUUGUUCAGCUCUUGAGCAUGCUCUUUCCACCAUCCCUGGUGUUAAGAGGAUGAUCAUGGGACACACGAUCCAGGAUGCUGGCAUCAACGGUGUUUGUGGUAAUAAAGCCAUUAGGAUCGAUGUUGGCAUGUCCAAGGGAUGUUCCGAUGGAACCCCUGCGGUUUUGGAGAUCUGCAAGGACUCUGGUCUGCGUAUAGUCACGUCGAAUCCGAAUUCUCUUUUAGCUCCCGACACUAGAACGGGUCUCGGGUUGCUUGUACCACCUGAACAUGUUCCCCAGCAAGUUGAAGUCGAAGCUUAA